CCCCCUUUCAAUUUAUGGUUCAAUUCAAUACAUAUGGCGGUCGAUUUGAUGAAUGCUUACAGAAACGGUGCUUUACUUACCAAAAUGGAUGAAAAUUCCGUUCAAGAAGCGGCCGCCGCCGGUCUUCAAAGCGUUGAGAAUCUCAUCAGAUUACUUUCUUCACAAAACCAAUCGUAUCAAACCAAUACGACGUCAUCAUCAUCGUCUUCUCCCCCCGCCGACUCUUCUGCUACCACCGAUUAUGUAGCCGUCGCUGAUGUUGCUGUCACCAAGUUCAAAAAGUUCAUCUCUCUACUCGAUCGGAAUCGCACCGGUCACGCUCGUUUCAGACGCGGCCCUGUUUGUAAUCCACCUGUUUCGCAAGAGAAACCUGCGCUGUUGGCGGCCGGCGUCACCAACCCGCACCAUCAUCAGACGGUGGAGAAGGUGUAUUCCCCUGCGCCGAUUCAGCAGCGUCUCCCACCGUCUUCUCAGACGAUUCACCACCAUCCGUUGGUGAAAUCGGGAUCCUUUGAUCGGAAGGAUUUUCCUGUGACUACUAUCAAUUUCGCCGCCACUGCUGCUGCCGCCGCGUCUCAAGCGAAUUCCUUCAUGUCGUCGUUGACCGGAGAUACAGACAGUUUCCAGCCAUCAAUGUCUUCUGGUUUUCAGAUCACGAAUAUGUCUCAGGUUUCCUCUGCCGGUCAGCCGAAUAUGUCUUCUUCCUCCUUCAAAAGGAAAUGCAACUCCAUGGAUGAUUCUCACACCAAAUGCGCUAAUUCUUCUGGGCGCUGCCAUUGUUCAAAGAAAAGGAAAUCGAAGAUGAGGAGGAUUGUACGAGUGCCGGCGAUAAGCAUGAAGAUGGCCGAUAUACCACCGGACGACUACUCAUGGAGGAAAUACGGUCAGAAGCCAAUCAAAGGUUCGCCACAUCCAAGGGGUUAUUAUAAGUGUAGCAGUUUAAGAGGCUGUCCUGCAAGAAAACAUGUGGAAAAGGCAUUGGAUGAUCCAGCGAUGCUCAUUGUAACCUACGAAGGCGAACACAACCAUUCUCACAACGUCAAUGACACUACGGGAGCUAUAGUUCUUGAAUCUUCUUAAAAAUUGCAUCACAUGUUACUCGUGUUCUGAAUUAAUAUGGAAAUGAAAGUGUACAUCGUAACUGCAACCGUUUCAAGUUGUAAAGAGAGAGUCGGAGAGAUGCUUUGUAGGGCUAAAUCGUCAACUGAAAAUAUUUGAUUUGCAAUUAGACAAUUUUUUUAAUUAGACUUUUUUCAA